GCAGCAGGCAGAGCAUCCAGGAGGCUGGUGCUGGUGGUGGUCUUCGUUGCACUGCUGCUGGACAACAUGCUGCUGACGGUUGUGGUGCCCAUCGUGCCAACCUUCCUCUACACCACAGAAUACAAAGGCAUCAACACCUCUGCUGCCCCAGCCCAGACUGAGCUGGCUCCUCCAGCCUCAAGGGCUCCUCCUUUCUCCUUUGUGUUCUCCUAUUUUGACAACACCACGGUGCCCAUCUCGGGCUCCAUGAGCACGGUGGGCUUGGGGAACAGGACAGAGAGCAGCCCCCCAGCAGAGCCCCCCACCAGCAGCCCCCCAUCAGCAAGCAGCUGCCUGGAGGGUGAGGAGUUCCUGGCCGAGGAGAACGUCCGUGUGGGGCUGCUGUUUGCCUCCAAGGCUCUGGUGCAGCUGGUGGUCAACCCAGCCGUGGGGCACCUGACCAACAGGAUAGGAUACCACAUCCCCAUGUUCGUCGGGUUCACCAUCAUGUUCCUCUCCACUCUCAUGUUUGCCUUCUCAGGCACCUACACCCUGCUCUUCAUCGCCAGAGCCCUCCAAGGCAUCGGCUCCUCCUUCUCAUCAGUUGCAGGCUUGGGCAUGCUGGCCAGCGUCUACACCGACGACCUCCAGAGGGGCAGCGCCAUGGGGAUCGCUCUGGGAGGCCUGGCCUUGGGUGUGCUGAUCGGGGCCCCUUUUGGAAGUGUGAUGUAUGAACUCGUGGGGAAAUCAUCUCCCUUCCUGGUCCUGGCAUUCCUUUCCCUCUUGGAUGGAGCUUUGCAGCUCUGCAUACUGCAGCCCUCCAAGAUCUCCCCUGAGAGCUCCAAGGGCACACCAGUGUCCACCCUGCUGCGAGACCCCUACAUCCUGAUAGCUGCAGGAGCCCUCUGCUUCUCCAACAUGGGGGUGGCCAUGCUGGAGCCCACCUUGCCCAUCUGGAUGAUGCAAACGAUGUGCUCCCCUCAAUGGCAGCUAGGGAUGGCCUUUCUCCCUGCCAGCAUCUCCUACCUCAUUGGCACCAACCUCUUUGGGAUCCUGGCUAACAAAAUGGGUCGGUGGCUGUGCUCCCUCAUUGGCAUGGCUGUGGUGGGGAUCAGCCUCCUCUGUGUACCUCUGGCCAAAACAAUUUCUGGGCUGAUCGGUCCCAACGCUGGGCUGGGCUUUGCCAUAGGGAUGGUGGACUCCUCCAUGAUGCCUAUCAUGGGCUACCUGGUGGACCUUCGCCACACCUCUGUCUAUGGCAAUGUCUAUGCCAUAGCUGAUGUGGCCUUCUGCAUGGGCUUUGCUAUAGGCCCCUCCACAGGUGGUGCAGUUGUACGAGCUGUUGGCUUCCCCUGGCUGAUGAUCAGCAUUGGAGUCCUCAACAUUGCUUAUGCUCCUCUCUGCUGGUACCUGCGCAGCCCUCCUGCUAAAGAGGAGAAGAUUGCAAUCUUAAGCCAGGAGUGCCCCCUGCAAACCAAAAGCUACAGCACUCACAAGACCCUGCCUGACCUCCCUCUCAGCGGCGGCAGUGAUGUGGAGGCAGAGAAGUCCGCGCUGCCGCCACGACAGCUCCGCCCGGCCCGGCCCGCCCCGCCCACGGCCCUCACCGCCCACGGCCCUCACUUCCGGUGA